ACACCUGUACGCGUGGCCAUCUUUUAUGCCACUUCUCUGUGGUGCUGAACUGAUCCGGUGGAUCCGGUGUUUGUCUGACCCAGUGCAGCAGUUCUGCCCAACGCGCUCGGGCUGCUGGCUGGGGAGCCAGCGUGGGGAUGCCUGCCUGAAGGCAGCAUUGGGGCUCGGUGGCCUCCCAGCCACGGGCCCCGAGAGCCAGGCCUCCCAGGCUAUCCUUUUGACUGGUGCUAACAUUUUAAAGGCUCCACGAAAUCCUCUUGAUGACCUGGGAAAUGGGAAUGAAUUGACACAGGAUAUCAAUAUAGAAAAACGUAGGAAAAACUCUCGCCGUGUCAGCUUUGCGAAUACCAUAAACUGCAGAGUCUUCCAGCGAGAUCUUAAGAAUAACACGGCAGAGGGAGAAAGUACAGAGUGUGCAGCAGAUACGAGGAAUGAUGUCCUGCUCAAUCAAAAUGAAGAACCCGAGGCUGUUCCGUGUGAGAUCACUGGGAUGAACACUUUGCUUCAUGCCCCUAUCCAGGCAUUGGUGCAGCAGACUGAGUGGCAUGAUGCAGACAAUGCCAUUCUAAGAACAAAUAGGCAUGACACCACCCUCAUCUUUUCAUCUGAAAAUGAAAUGGAUAUGACAGCUAGUCACACUGCAAUGAUUACACGUAACCUGAAAAACAAUCAAGCUGACAAAACUGAGAAAAUAGAUAUCACGUCAUUUCUGGCUGGGUUAAGCUCUAACGAUGAAAAGGCAGAAACGAGCAAAGAAUUUCAUUUUUUCUCUGACCCUACAAACCAUUCGUGCCCAUCUUUUGAACAGGAGAAAGAUGCUACUACUGUAAAAAAAAUAAAUUUCAAUGAAUUUUUGAUGAGCUUGAAAUCAAACGAAAAGACACUCAAUCCUAUUGAGGGACCUGAAAAAGAGAAUGUUUUUUUUGUCCCUUCACAAGUCUCAGAUGACAUGGCACGAUCAUCAGUGGAAUUUUGUUCCCAUGAAGCACUGGACACCUGCAAUGUAACAAAAGUCUUUAGAGGGCAAGAUGAUGGAAUGGAAAUGACAAAAUGCCAGACGUCCGAUGUUAAAGCUAUGUUUUCUGGUAUUUGUGAAGCUCCACCAGAGCAACUACCGUGUGCGGAUGUUACUGAGGCAUUCGUAGAUGAUGGAAUGGAUAUGACAACUAGUCACACUGCAAAAAUGUCUUUCCCCUUCUCCAGUGUCGGGAAUCAAAGCAAAAAAGUAGUAAAUGUUGAAGACCGACAAGAUCCUACAGUGCUGCGAACUGUUAAACAAGAGGCCAGAACAAUGUCUUCCAUCCCAGGAUCCAUUUCUUCUGAGACUGUCUUCCGAGGUGAUAAAACUGUUGUUUUUUCUAAAUGUGAUGACAUGGAAAUUACUGGGAAUUAUACAGAUGUAAUCUAUAAUGACAGUACCAAAGAAAUGAACAGUUCGCAUUAUAAAACUUUUGAAAAGCCAGUUAAUAUAAACUCUUCGCUAGCAGAAAACAGACGUCCAGCACAUGGUGAUAAGGACAUUACAAAGAGUCUAACAUCUUCAGAUAAUCGAGCUUCUGUGCCAUAUAAAAAUGGUGCAUUUGAACAACCUUCAGGCUCAGGUGAACAAACUGAAAAAGCAACCCAAGAUCUCGGGACUGCUUCAGUGAACGUUGGUUUUGGUUCAUGUACAAAUUCAGUGUCUACUGGUGUUUCUAAGAGUGGACUUCAGCACAGACUAGCAAACUCUCAACUUGUUUCUCUGCCAGGUGAGAAGACAGUAAUAUUCUCAGGAGAAGAUAUGGACUUGACUAAAGCCUGUGUUGUCAAGGAUGAUGGAAAGAAUGUUGAAAAUGCAUCUCCUGAUGGAGUGUUCACUUCUGUCACCUGCAAACCUCAUCUUCUUGAUAACAGAUCUGCAUCUCCCAAUUUAAAUGAUCAGGAAGAAAUGGAAAUAACUAAAUGCCAUGCUGUUGUCAUUGAUGAUCAAAGCAAUGGGAUAACUGCAGAAACAAAACAAAUGCAUUGUAAAAUGAUUCCAAGAAAGAACUGGAACAAAAAUGUCAGUGAAAGUGCAAAUUCUUUAGAUAUGGACAAGGAAAAUCUUGAGGUGAUCAGUAUUGAUGGGAAUAUUAAAAGAAGUCAGGCUAUAGAAAUGAAUACUAAAGAUCUUGAGAUGAUGAUGGUUGAUAAGAAGCUUGGAAAAACAAACUUUCAGGCAAGUGGUCCAAGUUCCUGUGCAAAGAGCAUGUGUUCAUUACAAGAGCAAAAGAGAGAAGUCCCUGAGAACGUUGUCACUGACACCUGUGCAUUCACGUCUUUGCAAAGUCAAAAAGUUGUUAUAUCUCAACCUUUGGAAAAAAGCCUUCCAAAUGCUUCAGUUUCCUGCAGAAAUGACAAAAUGGGCUUGUUUUCAGAUGAUCAAAACAUGGACAUAACCAAAACUCAUCCUGCUGCCUUUGAUGUUGCUCCUAUUAAUACAGUACAAGAACAUGAGAAUAACUGUAAUCAAAAUAAUGUGAUAUCCAAGCAGCUGCAAAAUCAGGUCUUCCAGCUUUCUGGUAAUUCUGGUGUAGAUAUCAAGAGUCAGGAUGCAGUGAUAGAAUGCGGAGAAUUGGGAACGAACAUAAAUAAGCAAACUGUUACUCCUUUGGCUCCAAAUGGUUCUUUUAUUUCCAGUAAUGAUCCUGCUCCCUCUGGGAUGAAAGGAAAUGAACAGCUUGGAAAAAUAUUAGGAAUAAAUGCAGAUUGCCAAAACUCUGACAGGCAAGAGAAAACCCAUACUGUAAAGGUAGCUAACAAAGUAUUGUCAACUCGAGUAGAUUCCGAGAGAGAUAUUUCAAUUUGUAAAACAGUGUCUUCAGAAGAGGAUUUCAAAAAUCCUCGCUCAGUUGAUGGCCUGCACUUGAGGGGUGCUGAAGAGCCAUUACUAGCCAAUACGUCUGAGCCACAUCAGGGAAGUUCCCAAUUGCCUUCCUUUUUAGAAAAGUCAGUUGUGUUUCUCUCUGGUGAAAACAUGGACUUGACUGGUAACUGUGCAGUAAUGGUUCCUGAUGACAACAUCAAUCCUGUUCUGUCGGAAAGAAAAGCAGUACCUGGAUACCUUGUUCCAGAAGAAAAUAAAACAGUGUCCUUAAAAAAAGGGGUCACGAUGACAAUAAAUAGUCAGAAGCAGCCUGCGUGCGAUGUGUACUCCUUGGUAUCUGGCAAGAAAAUGUUAACCAUGACUGGUUUAAAACAUUUACCUUUUGCAGGUGAAAAAACUACUAUAUUUUCAGAAGAUGCUGAUAUGGACAUCACCAGAAGUCAUACAGUUUCAGCAGACAACAAAGUAAUUCUGCAGCAUAAAAGUUCAAAUGAUGACAUAUCCUUAAUUUCUGGAGAUAAAACUUGUGUUUUUACCUACAAUGAUGACAUGGAAAUAAGUAGACUCGAUACUGUUGCAAUUGAUAAAUCUAUGGAAAAGGCUGCAUCUCAAGGCGUGCUUAACACAGCUAAAAGGACUGGAAGGAAAAGCUUGAAAGGAACAACAGGGGAAAAGACUGUUUUAUUUUCACUGAGUGAUGAGAAUAAUGAUAUGGAGAUCACAGAGAGCCAUACAGCUGCGAUAGGCCAUGAAAUUGUCUCGCAAAAUGAGGGAGGGCUUCAUUCUGUCUCUUCAGCUCAUCCUGUUAAAACAGUUACGUUCACAAGUACCCAGGAUGACAAGGACAUUACCAAGUCUUGCUCUGCUGAUAAAAUUACUGUAAAAGUAGUACGUGAUGAUAAACUGAACUUGGAUAAGGAGGUUGGACAGCAAGCACUUUCAAAUAGCGAAGCGACCAUGUUUGCUGUGGAUGAUAUGGAAAUCACUAGACCCCAUAAUGUAACUUUGGAAGAAAAUGCUCUGCAAGGCAGGCAACCCAAUCAGUUCGUUCCUUUAAAUUCCACAAUUCUGUUUACGAGUUACCAGGCUGACAUGGAAAUGACCGAGUCUCACUCUGUUGAUGAAAGUAUUGAAAGGGUCUUGUGUGAGGAUAGAUUAAACCUGCCCAAGCAGGUUGGACAGGAGGCUGCUUCAGAGAGCAAAACAGUUGUUUUUACUUCGGCUGAAGAUAUGGAGAUCACUAAAACUCAUACAGCUGUAUUAAGUGAUGAUAUGGAAAUAACUGCAUCUCAUACUAUUGCUGUUAAUAACAAUAUUAAUGGAUUUGAGAGCCAAGAAGUGUCACAUAAAAGCACUCAACAACCAAACUUGCAUAGCGCGUUGUUGUCUUCUUGCAGAGAUGAAAGAGAUUCCCCGUGUACAAAAGACCUGAAUGGUGAAUAUCAUACAAAACCUAAGGAGAAGCCCAGCAUUCCCUCUUCGGCUUCAGCAGCCUCAGCAUUUCCUAGUGAGAAAGGAGGUAUCAAAGUCCACAGUGGCACACCACCAGAUUCCAUUUAUUCUGUCAUACUUCCAGAAGAGGCUAUGGAUAUGCAAGCACCACAGGAUCUUGACCUUCCCACAGAUAAUUCUGUCCCUGUAAAUAGUCAGCAGGAUCUCAUACCUCCAGAAAACCUGAAAUCAAAGCAAGUCUCUAUCAUGCUUCCAAGGAACGGGCCCAGAGACUGCAGUGAAGAAAGUGGCGAUUUGGCAUCCCGUGUUUCACUUCCAAUCCAGCAACCAGAUUCUUUGAUGGGUUCCUCAGAUGCACGUAGUACUCAGAGAAACCAGCUAUUGCAAGAUGAUUCAUCUAGACAUGAAGAUUUAGCUACAGAUUUAGGCUUGGCUGGAGCAAGCCUUGUUACAGUUUCUAACAAGGAAUCGAAGGAAAAUGAGGAUCUGUCAGCUGAAGGGGAGACACCCGCAAAAGUUUUUCACAUAAACUCUGAACAAACUAAACAACUUUUGGUCGGUGACAGACCAAGAGAUCAAAUAGAUGCCACUCUUACACCUGAAUUAUCAGGUAUUUUAAAUGUUUGUUCAAAACUGAAAAAUAUUAGGAGGAAAUCUGCAGUUCUCUCCGUUUCUGAAACGGCUUUUUCUGACCAGUUGCCCAAAUCAUCAAUUCAGCCAGAGGAUACCUUGAGGUUAGGAAAAAAUACUGUAAGUGAACCACAUGAUUUAUUUCAUACCAAAGAGCAGGAGAACACAUGUCUUGAAUCUGGAGCUGCUCCCAUAGAUACAAAUUUAAGCAUAGCACUUAAGGAUAAAUAUCAAGGAAUAAAUGUCCCUCUAGCUAUCUUCCAGCCUAAAUUACCAAACAGAAGAAAUCCUUCUGUUUCUAGCGUACAAGACAUAAAUGCAAAAGCUUCAGACAAAGGAGAAGCACCAGCUUCAGAAGUAAGCAUAAAGGCUGGUGAAACCCCAGGUAACAAGAAGUCUAGUAGGCAGAACUUCAGCCAUUCUCAGUUUAUAGCAGAAGAAUUUCUUCCUGUCUGCCUAGAAGAAAUGGAUUCAAAUGAAUCUGUAAGCUCUGAACUUGUGGAAAAUGCUUGCAAUGAGAUAAGCAAAAAACAAAUCUCCCAAAACGAAAAGAAUCAACUUGAAGAGACAAAAACUUGCAACACAAAAAGAACUUUGGAACAAGAUGAGGAGGAUCUUCAAAGUCCAAAGAAGCUCAAGAGGGAUGAAAACUUGGAUGGUGAGGCCUCCCAAGACUUGCAGGUUACUUUUAGUGCUGUGUCUCAAAGCCAAGUAGAAGUUCAUGAAGGUGAAGAUCCUCCAAAUCUAUCGGCUAAAAGCCCUGAUUGUACUCGUGCCAGCACUAGCAGCUCUCUGGAUUCUGUUAAGGCUGACACAGAAUUAACAAGUAAGACUUCCUUUCGAAGCAGUCAGAUGGAGUCUCAGCUUCUCACAGAUAGCAUUUGUGAAGAUAACUUACGGGAGAAAUUUCAGAAUGGUGUUAUCACAGUUGGAGAGUUUUUUACACUUCUUCAAGUCCAUGUUCCGAUUCAGAAGCCCCGGCAUAGCCACCUUCCAGCCAAUUGUGCAGUCAGUGCACCACCUACUCCAGAAGAACUCAUGUACAGCCAAUAUGUUUAUCGCCCCAAGCUGCGUAUUUAUGAAGAAGAUUGCCAGGCCCUUUCUCAGAUGAUAGAUGAGUUAAAAGUGUAUGCAAAUGUCCAGGAUCAACUCCUGGUGAACGUGAAUAAGAGUUUGUGGGAAGUAAUGAGAACCUGCUCUGAUGAAGAGCUGAAGAACUUUGGAGCAGAAUUGAACAAAAUGAAAUCCUAUUUCACCAAGGAGAGCAAAAUCAUGGCUCACAACGAAAAAGUGACAUUGUACAGCAAAUUGCUGCAGAGUGCGCAGGAACAACACGGAAAACUACAGUCAAGAAUAGAAAAGGUGGAUGAAUUGCUCAAGGAGGCAGAGAGCUGUCUUGUUGAUCUGGAAGCAGGAGUGACGACUAGGCUGAAAUACAGAAUUAUAGUUGUUGUAGCCUACGAACGUGUAACCACGCUGGCUAAAUCUGGUAGCGAUAACAGUACAGCUGCAGGCCGCACGCAAUUCGAAACGGCUGCAAAACCUACCAGCUAUCCUGCAGAUUCUGACUGGGAUGAAUGUGAAGCAGACUGCAGUGAUGAAACGGCAGAAGGGAAAAACCUAGAGGCAGAAUUUGAAAGUCUCAAAGCCCAAGAAGAAGAACUUCAAAGAGAACUGUCAGAACUGGAGACUCAGAAUGAGCAAAUGCUUGCUCAGAUGAACCAUCUAAAGGAAGAAGAAAAAAGCUGCCAGGAACUCCUGGAGAGAUACAACUUCACUGAGUGGGAGAUUACUGAAUGGAGUGAACAGCAGGCUGUCUUUAAUUUUCUAUACGAUUCUAUUGAACUCACAGUUGUGUUUGGACCCCCAAUAGAUGGUGAUGUUUUUGGUGAAGAUCCUUCCAGAAAGAUAGUUAGCCUGAACUUUGAAUCUUUCUUGGAUGAGGAUAAAGCUCCACCCUCCUCACGUUUAGUCCAAAGACUCAUUUUCCAGUUUAUUGAAAGUCGGGGAUGCUGGCAAGAAAAGUGUCCCACACUGUACUACUUGCCCCAGGUUCUUCAUGACGUCUCCCUGGUUGUGAGUCAUUGCAAGAUCUUAGGAGAGGAGAUUGAAUUUCUGGAGAGAUGGGGUGGAAAAUUUAAUCUUCUGAAGACCGAUAUCAAUGACACAAAAGUGAAGCUUUUGUUCUCCGCUUCCAUAGCUUUUGCCAAGUUUGAGUUGACCCUGUCUCUGUCUGACGACUACCCAUCUGCUUCACUGCCUUUUACUGUCCAAAAACAAAUUGGGAAUAUUGGGGAGGAGGAAAUUUCUGCUGUUCUCUCCAAUGUACCAACUGGUUACCACUAUCUGCGGAGAAUAGUCAGCUUUAUUCAUCAAAAUUUGCUCCAGGAUCCCAGAUGA